UUUGAUCUGUCAACAGUUUACGGUAGUUCUUUGAAGCCUUUGUUGGAAAAAGGCCGGCUAUUUCAAAGUGGUCUAUUAAAAUACGAAGUGGACAACGGCCGAGUCUGGCCCCCGAGUAUUAAGACUGGAUUAGAUGUUUGUUUGGCAAAUCAAAGACCGCAAGAAAAACGAUGUCAUGCUAUUCCUGAAAAGGGAGGCAACAGCUUAGCUGGAAUCAACUUGAUGACGGUCUGGUUGUGGAGGCAGCAUAAUCUCAUUGCAAAAGCUUUGUCCAAGAUCAACCCAUGUUGGGACGAUGAUAAGUUGUUCUAUACUGCUCGAGACAUAAAUAUUGCUAUAGUCAUGCAAAUAUUCUACUAUGAAUUAUUACCAGCUUUGUUUGGCCGUGAAAAUCUGUUAAAAGACGGAGUUAUAUCGUCAACACCAGGAUUUAGGGAUUUCUAUAAUAACGAACUUUUUCCCCAAAUAUCAUUGGAGUUUCCCUUCGUCCUACGUUGGUUCCAUACAACACAAGAAGGUGAUAUGAAAUUAUUCGAUACUGAAGGCCAUUACUUAAGAAAACUUCCAAUAGUCAACUUCACAAUCAGAACUGGAUUCUUUGGUGUAGAAGACAACAUGGAUUAUGUGACGCAAGGCAACUUUAGGCAAGGCUCUGCUAAGUUUGAUUAUAUCGUAGAUCCCGACAUUGUAAAUAUAGGCUUGGGACAAUUUCAGCGGGCGGCUGAUUUACUAACAAACGAUUUGGCAAAGAAUCGUCUGUUCGGGUUCCAGCCUUAUGUGAAAUACAGAGAACUUUGUUUCAAGCAAUCUUUCAAAACUUUUGAUGAUCUAAAACAAGCUAUUGAUCCCGAAAGAGUGGAGAUGCUAAGAGAUGUGUACGAAGACGUAGAAGACAUAGACCUUCUAGCAGGUAUUUGGUUAGAGAAAGCGAUCACGGGCGGCCAUGUACCACCUACUCUAUCCUGCAUAGUGGUAGAACAAUUGCUAAGAGUCAUCAGGUCAGACCGACAUUGGUAUGAGAGACCUAAUAGACCAAAUGCUUUCACAUACGAACAACUGUUGGAGAUAAGAAAGGCGACGGUGGCGCGGCUGCUGUGCGACGUCGGAGAUAAAGUGACCCAAAUACAACGACAUGCUUUCUACAGGAUUAGCAACAAUAACCCGAUGUGCAGUUGCAAAGAUAUUGAAUUCGUUAACCUCUGGACUUGGAAGGAUGAAACUUGUGGGACAGCCACGAAGUUAUCCUUGGAUCCUUUAUACGACCCCGCCUCGCUAUUUCAAACAGAGUUUUUGAAAUGAUAGUAGUAUCACUAUCCAUAAUUAGGUACCCUUAUAGAUCUAAGAAAAGGCUUAUGGAUUUUGUAAUAAAUAGUUAUUUAAACUGUUUGUUUUUUUUACGUUUUGUUACCUAUUUUAUCGUCUGUUAAA